GCAACCGUUGCCCGUUGCUACCAACAAUAGUGGCUGCGGUGCUCGAGUGAUGCAGUACUUUCCAGCAAGAAAUGUUUAUUCUAUUUUUCGCAGUAGCGUGGAUUCACAUCAUUUGUGGUGUCACAGGACGAUAUUUGCUUGACUACAACACUCCCGAACACUGUAUCCCUGACUACCACUUCGAUACAGUCAGCCUGAUGUGCGUGAAGUGUGGAAGCGACAGAGGACAAGAAAAGCUGCAGAUUGCGUCCGGCGAUGGUUUAUCUUGCCAUUGCAGACCUCUCCACAGACUGACUGCUGUUUACAGCUCCACAAAAGUAUCGUGUGAACAGUGCCCAGUGGGACAGGUGACAUCAUCGGAUGGCUGGUCAUGUGUCACGUGUACUGAUGCAGUGCCCAUUAAAAAUGCAAGCAACACCUGUGGGGAUUGUAGCCAUGGAAUAUUUGAGGAAACCACGGGUCAAGAUGGUGACAAGCAGUUAUCAUGCACAGAGUGCCCAGGGGACACAUGGCCUAACAUUGAUCGCACAAGGUGUGUACGUUGUCCUGACGAAUUUCGUUUGGCCAAUACAAGCUUUUGUUCCUGUCCUGCUGAUAAAUAUGUGUUGACCGGAGGUACCUGCAUUCCCAGGGAAAAUUUACUGCCAAAUGCUGACUCAGCAAAGUUUGUGAAAUACUCAGGCAGUACGUUUCCAUCAAGGUUGUUCCAAAGUCAUUUUCAAGCUGCUCUGCAUAACUGCAAGGUUCAUGGCAAUGAAACUGCAUGUCAGGUGCUUGCUAACUUCUGUGUGCUGCAGCUUUAUGACCGUGACACAGACGGCAAUGCAUGCUGGCAUUACCUUAAGCUUGGGGACUCACCAUCCAACAGUAGGAAGGAGAGGCCUCCAAAUGCCCCAUGGCUAUUCUACUUGGAUGAUGACGCAUCUUCAGUUGUUUACCGAACAGAUAUUCCGAACGAGUUCACGAUAAAGCCAUGGAAGAAUACUUCAUACAUAUACAUUAUUGCUGGGACCUACAGCGUUCAGGGGAACUUUUGUGGAUUGAGAGAAUUAAAUAUAAACGAAAUUAUGCUUUGUAAUCUGGGUCUGCAGAAUAAGGACAUCCUCAGGUUUGGAACAGCUUUUUCGCAUAAGUGCCAUGUGGAUGUUCGAGAACUUUGGGACAACUCGAAGACGGUAUUCUAUGAUUUAUUUUUACAAUCCAAUCGGGGCACAUGGCACAAGUUCUAUCCCAUUCCAGUGAAGAUUGCAAACAUCGAGCAUAAAUCCAGGAGGGUUAAUACGGAAAAUGAUCCAUCCAGUUGGCACCUGGUUCGGCGGUUCUUUGUGGUUGACGUGGAUGCUGGAGUUACAGCCAAGGACAAUUCCUCUGCCAAGUUUCUUCGUUAUGCCAAAGACAUAAACAUUCACAUAACUUUGUACAACAAACACAAGCCAGGCUCAAUCUACCCACCAUUUGUGACCAUCACCUAUGCAGAGGUUACACGGGAUGCCUACGAAAGGAAUGCAAAACUGCCGGUUUCUUUUUCUAUAACAUAUUCAGCCAAUCAAAGCCAAGCCUUCCAGGAUAUUUCGGUAGCCCUUGGAGUCCUUAGUGCCCUCGCCGUUCUGUGGGCUUGUAGCCAGACUUGGAGCUGGUCACGCAGGUCUGGCAAAUCUGCUGUUAGUGUGACGGCACUUGUAAAGCUUGUCAUCUUUACUGCUGGAGCACUGUCCAAUGUCUUCCUAGUAGUUAUUCUAUGUGCUGGCCUAAACUGGCUUAUCAUGUACAAGCAACAAGAUGUAGUUCAUCUCUUUCUUCCCACCAUGGAACAAGAGAGGACCAUCAACACAUACAUCAUUUUUGCAUUUCUAAUGAAAACUUUGCAGCUCAUUCAUAGCAUUGCCAUGCAAAGUAGUGUGGACAUCUUCUUCCUUGACUGGGAAAGACCACAUGUGGCAGCCAAGCCUCGACAUCAUGGUGGAUUGCGGCUUAUGCGGGCAGCACGCAAGGAGGCUUCCAAACUAGGAAGUGAUGAUGGUUCCCAAGUAGGAGGAGGAGACUUGGGGGACAACGGUUCGUCAGCGAAAUCCACGGGAGUUGACACUCCCACUGUUACCAUCUGGCGCUCCUAUUUCAUUGCCAACGAGUGGUGUGAGCUGCAGACUUACAGAAGAAUUUCGCUACCACUCCAGUUGCUCUUCAUUUUGUUCUUCCUCAAGGUCAUUGGGCUAGAGUACAUUGCUCUUGCCACUCCAGAAAGUUACUACUCCCGCACACGGAGCAACUUCGACGUGCCUUUCAGUUCCACUUGUCGAUUCACUCUCGCCGCUGCUUUUUUCCUUCUCAUCGCAGCAUUUCAGAUAUUUAUCCAUAAAGUGGUCUACGAGCGCUUCUUUGAAAAUAAGAUGCAGCACUUCGUGGACUUGUGUUCUGUGAGCAACAUCAGCAUGUUCAUCUUUGUGCAACCAAAAUUUGGUUACUACAUCCAUGGACGAUCGGCUCAAGGCCAAGCAGAUGUUUCCAUGAAGGAGAUGCAUGAAUUGCUUCGCAGAGAGGAGGAAGACCUAUGCGGGCAUAGAGGUUUGCUCCCGGACACGGAUCAGCAGACGUUCCAGAUGACCCUACCAUCCGCUGUUUUUGAGCAGUACCGACGUCUGCGAAAACCAUUGACUACGUAUUCGCAAGGUCCAGACAGAAUGCAGAUAGCGGAAGGCCACCUUUCACGAGCUGACAUUGAAACGGUUGUCAACACCUACGCAGUCAUCACAAAGUUCUUGUCAGCGUUCAUAGAUCAUUCUGUCAAGGAACUGGACUACACAGUGAAGGACCGUGCCUUGGUGGAGAAACUGCUGGACAUUGAGCUACAUGAUGGCUAUGACCGUGCUGCCUUUUAUAAUGAUAGUGGGUAUUCAUUUGGUGCAGUCAUUUAUCACGGCCUAGAACUGACUCUUCUCCUGUUUGACUUGCUGCUCUUUUGCGUUAUCGACCUUGCGUGUCAUGACUUUGUGCUAGCAGCCGCACUUACAUUAUGCAUCGACAAGGUGAUUCAAGGUUUCCGACAAGUUUUAGGACGUAGAAAUCUUGUUAAGAAGGCGUUGGUUGAUGAACGAUUUCUGUGGUAAUCUCUAUGGCGUUUUUAAGCUCUCACUAUUUUCAGUGGAUGCAAUCAAUAGCCGAGGCUGUUGGUAGCAUUCAAGUGACGUCGUCCCAAGAGAGCCAACCUGAAAUGUCAUCGCUACCUUGUUGGUUUGACCGUGAACAUUGUGGUGUUAACAAUAGACCUAUACUUUACCUUGUCCUCUACUUUUGCAUCAGUUCCAUAUUUGUUGUGGAAUUGUUGUGUUGUGGGGCAUUCUAGUUGGUGGUGACUGCAGCACCGUAGAGCUGUUGUGCAUUCACCUUUAAAGGGCAGAUACCAAAACUAUCUGGAUGAGACCAGCAUCGUGACUGCAGAUUUUAUGCUGGCUCACAUUUCAGUGAACUCAGUGUAUGGCACCUAUGUGUCCUUACACUCGUGGUACUACAUUGUUGCAUGUAUAAUGCCACUCCAGUACCUGCAAUGACAAAGCAUUUUCAUGCACUUCAGCUGACAGAGAGUAGUCUCAAGAAAAAUCAUGUUGUCGCACCCGUGUUUCCCGCGUGCUUUUAAUUAAACUGUGUGGAAAUGACA